UUCGUUAUCAGCUCUCUUAUUUUCUUCCCCAAUUAAGACUCCUCUCUCUCUCUCUCUCUCGCGCGCGCACACACACACUAGCAAUGGCAUCAACAUGCUUAAUCUGCUGCGAAAUCAUACUUGCAAUCUUGCUUCCUCCUGUUGGUGUUUGCCUCAGACACGGUUGCUGCACUGUUGAGUUCUUUUUAUGCUUGGUGUUGACAAUUUUGGGAUACAUUCCUGGAAUCAUCUACGCUCUCUAUGCGAUUCUGUGCGUUGACCCCGAUAUAAGCCGUGGAGAAUACCGUCAACUUGCCUAGUGAUGUUCACUUUCUCUCUCCAUUUCAGUGUUGCGCCCGUCUGUUCAAUUAGAUGUGUGUAUUUUGUAUGUGUCUGUUUUUCAAUUUGAUGUAUGUGUUUGUUGUUUAAUUGUGGAGGAACGUGACCUGGAUGAUGUGGGGGAUAAGAAUUAGAUGAUAUUAAGUGCUAUUUGACAGAUGGUUGAAUAUGUUGGAAAUAAGGUUGUUGACAUUGAUAUAUAUAUAUAUAUUUGUAUGGGAUUUUUGUGGUGCCUGUGACAUUGAUUUUG